AUGAAUGGGGAAACAAACCCUCUCCCCAGCCACUGUUUCACGUUCACUCAUACAAAGAGAACCGACAUCAGAUAUGAUCAAUGGAGCAAUAACAGAAGAUUUCAAACAUGUAAUUUAAUCGUACGUGUCUCUGGCCUGCUGCUAACCUGCGUCUGGAAGGAAUUAACCCCCUGCGUGAAAGAUGUGUUUGGACAUGUUCGCCGACAAACAGGUGCGGAAGACACAGAGGGGCAAUCAGCAUCCUCGUCUCUAUGGCGACCGCAUGCGCAGGCCUCCCCCUCCCUGCAGCUGGCUGUGACGCUGAGAGAGAAUAAGAGCAAGAAGAGGCCCGAUACGACAAAGUGGAAACUCUGACCGCUGGAACACACACGGGUACACACAAAUGUGCCUCGAAGGAAAGCAGAUUGUUCAUGUUGGACAAACACGCCUGUCACAGCUCUCACACGCUAACCUCCUCGCUCUCUGCCGUUUGUAUAAACAGGAAAGUGUGUCCGCUCUGCCCCGUCUGUGUCAUUCUCUGCUAUCGUCCUGUUAUUUCCUCUUUCAUCUUCUUUUCUCCACUCAUUUUCAUGAUGUCUUUACUUUUUCAAUGAGACUCUGGAGUACCGUAAACUUCAUCGCACUGAUCUUGAGUGCAAAGAGCUCGUCCAGCGCUGCAGCUCUGCCGUCUGAAGUCAUUUUGUCCCUGACAUACUUCAUUCAGUGUUUUCUAGUUUACACAAUCCUCAAAAAUUUACAAACCAAUGAAACAAAAAGAGGAACAGAAACAGGAUAGAUAUAACGGCCUUCAGAUGGUCAGGAGUCUCCUAAAGAUCUGUCAGACAAGAUCAGGAAGUUUGAAUCAGUUCAGUUGGCAUUAUUCUCAGGCCAGUCAAGUCAAAGGAUAUGACACAAAACAAUAAUAUAUAGUCCAAUAUUGUGUAAUAUCGUUUGGUGUCAUACAAUAGGUUACUGUAUAAUAGGAGAUGACGUGAUACAAUACAAUACAAACAACAUAAUACAACACAAAACCAACAAAAGACUACACUCUGUGAUACAACCAAACAUGUUAAACUUAAAUGAUGUGAUACAAUGUGGCAUGACAAGAUACAAAAUGAUACGAUCAGUACAAUAUGAUACAGUACAAUACGAUACGAUAUAUUACAAUACAAUAAAACACGUAACAGCAUGACAAGGUACAAAAUAAAAUGAGACGAUUCAAAACAAAACGAUUCGCUACAGCGAGCUACAAAACAAUAUGAUACGAUAUGCUAGUAUACAAAAAUAUAUGAUACAAUUCGAAACGAUAUGAUACACAAUACUAUACUGUUUGAUGAGAGGCAAUACAAUAUGAUGUGAUACAACAUGGCAUGACAAUAUACAAAAUGAUACAAUCAGCACAAUCUGAUAAAAUACAAUACAUAAAAUAUGAGACAGCGUGACAAAGUACAAAAUAAAAUGAUAUCGUAAGAUACAAUUCGGUAUAACACAACACAAAAACAAGACAAAUGAUACAAUAUGCUAUUAUACGAAACUAUAUGAUACAGUUUAAUAUGAUAUGAUACACAAUACAAUACUGUAUGAUGAGAGAAGAUACAACAGUACAAUACUACACAAUAUGAUAAACACGACAGGACUCGAUAAAACAAACAAACAAAAUGAUACGAUAUGAAACCAUAUGAUACAAUCCGUUAUGAUAAGAUACACAAUACAAUACUGUAAGAUGAGAGAAGAUACAAUAUGAUAUGAUAUAAUACAGUACAAUACUACACAAUAUGAUACGAUACAAAACCAAACUAACUAAUAUGGUAAGAAACAAAACACAACAAUGCCUCAAUAAGAUACGGUACAGUUUUAUUUUACACAGUGCAGUAGUUCCAGAGGCUGGACCUGGUUUGAUUUCUUCUCAUCCUCCAUCCAAAGAUUCUCCACCAAAAAGUGGAGUCACCCCCCACUGUUUAAAAGAAUAUUCAGACGAGGACUGCACUGUAAAGAGACUGAAAGUAAAUGAUCCAUAGACAAAACCAGUGAACAGUUAUUCAACAGGGAAUUACAUAAAAGUUUCUGACAUUCUUCUCAUGCUAAAACAUCCUCUCUGGACUCUGGACUCUGCUCCCUCACUGGGGUGGUGAUCGGUGCUGUCUGCAGGCCUGGUGCCCACAUCUUCUGAAUUAAAGAUGAGCCUGGAGGCCCAUUGUUUCUGGUGUUAUUUCUGUGGCUGUCACUGUCCUCAUUUAAACAAACAAGAGAAAGAUUUAGUCAGGAUUAGGAAAAACAACAGGAUCAGAACUCCUGACGCGCUGAGAAACAGUUCAGGAUUCGGACGAUUUUUAAAUGUUUCUGCCUAAUUUGCUUCAGUUUGAUCAGAAGGCUGUAGAGCAGACUCCUCUCACUGCUUGUUUUAGCAAAAUGUGGCUGUAAAACAAACAAAGCUGCAUCUAAUUUAAACCCUACAGAGGCUGACACAGAACAACCUGCACCAACAAUAGAACAGACUAAAGGGAUCCAUACCACAAAAUGGAUUAGACACGCUCUGCGCCAAAAGAAAAGCAGAAACUGCAGCUGCUUGAAUGGAAGUGUAGAGAGGUGGACGGGAACAUUAAACUGCACUUCUGAGGUUCAGACAGGCCACUACAGAUGGUGUUUUCAUUCUUCGGGUACUUUUUCUACCCAUUAGUUUAAACAGGGGCAGCAGAUUAAAGUAUUUAAGGCAUUUCCCCCUUAUUCAAUGGGAGACAGUUGAAAGAUGACAGACAGGAAACAUAGAGGAGAGACAAACACAAAGGUCUACAGCUGGAGUGGGACCAGCCGUGCUGCAGUCACUUCUAUUGUAUGUUUGGGAGGCUGGUACGGCACUAAAGUAGAUAAAAACCUUCACCUUUCACCUAAAUCAAGACUCUGAUAUUCUCACUUUCUUUGCCUUUGCAGCCCUGAAAGUGUUGGAUUUGCAGGUCGUGAUGUAAUACCACAUGCAUAUUCAUGCACAGUUCAAGUUAACCACAUGUACCUAUACUCAAGAUUUAAUAUUAUACAGACACAGACAAACAGACAGUAGGGACACGGCUCAACUUUCCUCGCUCCUAUGGUCAACUUACCCCAUACACGGGGUAAGUUGACCAUAGGAGACCACUUUUUUUGGCAUGCUGUAUUAUCAAGACAGUUCUGUUUACACUCAUUCUGUUGGUUUGCAGGGAUUCACAACAUCCUGAAAUGUAUGCAGAUACACUAGUUAGAGGCAAAAUUAUGAUUACCAUGAUGUAGCGAUCCAAAAUAUGAAAAAUGGCUCAUCUUACUCCACUCUCCCCUUUACCUAAACUUAAGAUUUAAUAUUAUACAGACCCAGCCGGUGCACACACUGCCUUUGCUUGCCUUUCUAUUCGUGAUCAACCGAGCAGCAACUUCAGAGAACUUCAGUCUUUUUAAAACAUUUUAAUUCUGUCCAACUUUGUUCAGAAACACUUUCUCAUGGGAAUAAUAACAAUCUGUGUUUAAAUGUAAGUUUUAGAUCUCAAUUUAUGGCUUUUAAUAAGAGUUGCUGAGAAAUAGCAAUAUUUGUUUUGCAAAAUAAUAAUACAAAACAUCAAUUUUAUUUAAGCCAUCAACCUUGAGAUGGCCAUCCAUUGACUAUUGUAAUGCACUUUAUGAUGGCAACUCCCACUCAUCUCUUAGUCGCCUUCAACUUGUCCAAAAUGCUACUGCCUGUCUUUUAACCAACACUAACAGACGUGAGCACAUCACUCCUGUCCUCAGCUCCCUUCAUUGGCUUCCUGUCCCUUUUAGGAUUGAUUUGAAACUUUUAAUAUCUGUUUUUAAAGCUCUUAACGUCUUUGCCCCCAUCUAUUUUAUCUAUCUAUCUAUCUAUCUAUCUAUCUAUCUAUCUAUCUAUCUAUCUAUCUAUCUAUCUAUCUAUCUAUCUAUCUAUUCCCCUGGAUAAUAAGUUGGACUGUUCUAAGAAUAUAGACUUCAUCUACAGAAAGGGGCAGAGCCGCCUCUUUUGCCUGAGAAGACUCAGGCUGGGGGGGAAGCAUCAAACACAAAGAUGCAAGACAUCUGAAAAACUCUGUGGUUGGACUCAAGCUGGACUCUGUGGAGGAUGUGGUGGAGAAAUCUACACUGAGGAAGGUGGAGACUAUUCUAAAGAACAUGAUUCACCAAUUUCACAACACCUUGAUGGACCAAAGGGCGGUGGUGGAUGGCUCCUCUCUCUUCGUGCAGGACAGAAAGAUUCAGAAGAUCUUUUGUACCAACAACCAUUAGACUUUAUAACUCUUGUGUAAAUAGUAGAUAACUUUUGGAGACAUAUUAUGUGAGACAACAGACAAUUGAAUUUCCCUUCAGGGAUUAAUAAAGUUCUUAUUCUUAUUCUUGUUUAACUGAGCUGUUAACGUUUUGGGAGCCGGGUAGAGCUCUGAGGUCAUCAAAUCAACUUCUGCUGGAGGUGCCCAGGUCCAAACACAAACACUGGGGUGACCGAGUCUUUUCAGUCGCUGGUCCCACGCUCUGGAAUAAGCUCCCUGACGAAAUGAGACUUAUUUACAACCAAAUCCCGAUUGAGAACAUACUUAUUUAUUCUGGCUUUUAAUACCAGUAGCGUGGUGACACUUUACUAUAUUGUAUUGUAUUUUAUUCUUUUUUUAAAAUUGCUUUUUAUUGUUUUUAUUUAUUCAUUUUUAUUUUCUAUGUAUUGUAAAGCACGUUGGUUCACCAAAAGGGUUGUUGUAAAGGACUGUAUAAAUAAAGAACAUUGACAUUUAUUCUUUAAUAAAGUAACAAAGAGUAAACUUUUAAAGCUUUUGAAUGCAAAUAGCUUAUUCGUCGAUAAUUUUCUUUUUAUUUAAAAGUAUUUUUUCUUCCUCUUUUUUUUUAAAAACAAUAUUCCAACUCAUUUCAGGGAAUCAGCGCUGACCUCUGCUUUACCUUGCCUAUCAAUUAUUCACCACCCACUGAUUACGGUCUCUGCUCUUCCUGUCAAUCACUCUCAGCUCCUCUCUCAUUGGCUGUUCGAACCCCCCCAUUGGAGGAGGGCGGCCCCCUGGUGGCUGGGGGCGGGUACCACGCGCUCAGGUUGGUAGGAGCAGCAUACCAAAGCUCUCCUCCUCCAGCAGCACGCGCCUUUGUCAGUGAGCAGCGGAGGAGCCGCCGUGCCGCACCCUUACUGCUCCUCGCGGGACUCACCGCGCGGAUCACUGCGCACAGGUAAUUACCGCCCAAAACUCCCGGAAGCUCGGGAAAAGUCCGAACACAGGUGAAGGACUCUGGUCUCCAAAGUUUGGCAUUUUGAGACGGGAUUACAGGCUGGGAUGGAGCUUUGAUAGACAGACAGAGAUAGAGAGAGACUUUAUUUUUCCUUUUUUGACUUAGAGGGAGUUCAAAGUGCGCGAGGAGCUGACCUCAGGUACGACACGAGCUCACUUUGUUUCUCUACUCGACGAGGAUCUGGAUUUACUUGAUUAACAAGUUCACAACCACGAGUAAAGGUGAGUUCAGCUUCUUGUACUUGUUGUGUUAUUGUGUUUUAGUGAGUGAAAAUGUUCCUGCUGAGAAUUUGAAGUUGAAGCCUGUGUGUGUGUGUGUGUGUGUGUGUGUGUGUGUGUGUGUGUGUGUGUGUGUGUGUGUGUGUGUGUGUGUGUGUGUGUGUCUCAUUGUUCCUCUGCCGGAGGUUUUGGGGCUCCUCUCAUUAACAUGCUAAGGCAUCUGUGUGUAAAGUCUGGACUUCAUUACAGCCUGAACAUCACUAUCACUGUCAGUUAGAUCAUACCCUUUUCUGAGAAAUGAUGACACUGUGCAGAGAAACUCAGAGAUUUAUGUCUCACCCUCAGAGACAAUGUUUUAUUCUUUCAUACAGUAAAAUAAAAUAUUUGGAUUGUACUGGGAUACUUUGACUUUGACUGAGUUUAACCUGCACUACGCUGCACAAAGAGAGUUUAACUUGGCUCACUGAUACGUUGAUAAGCUUUUAUUGUGGUAUUUUACAGCACAGGUGUCUACAGUCUAGUGCAAUCCUGUACAGCUGUCCUCGCCCCAUAAACUGUCACGGUUCAGGUCGUACUGUUCAGGUGUGACUGACAUUGUGUUUAUUUACAUUUGUGGGGAUCUCUGUGAAGUUGUGAAUGGUUGAACUGUUCUGCAGAAGUUUACUACGAAACGUGCUGCUAUCUUUUCCCCUGUCAUUAUAUUGACGGGUCAUAAAUCUAUGAAAUGGGAUGUAACUGUUUGUCAUGUUUGUUGUCAUGGAGGCUGCAGCUGAUGGCGGAUUUACCCUUUUUAAGCUGCUAUUGAUUUGUUAAUUUUAUAAACAGAAAUUGGACAAAUUUGGAAUAAGCCAAAAGACAAAUGUACUGAUGUACCGUGAGACCUCGACCUUUCAGAACAGCUGGAGAUAGGGCUGGGCGAUGAAACAAUAAUAAUACAUAUUGAAAAUUGAUAUCCCUCAAUAUCAAUAUAAAACAUGGUCAAUAUGCUUUUCAAUAGUUGGCAUUCUGCCAUGUUUUGGUAGACUAUACGAAUAGCCAAUGAAAAGAGGAGUUGCUCCGGGUCCACUUCACAAUGAACCAAUCGUGCUGAAUUAAGGUCCUUUCACACCGUUUUUGGUGUGGACCGUUGGUGGACCGUUUUUGUUGUGCGAUUAUUUCGGAGGUCAAUAUUUUUUUCUAACCCGUAUCCUGUCAAUACAAGCAUUUACAUCAGCGACGUUUUCUGGUCCUGCAAUAUUGUGGCAUUUAUUUUUUUGCAUACAGUGUGUCCACUUCUGACCAACCAGAUUGCAUGUAGUUGCGAGGUCAGAUGCACCGGUAUAUCCAACAUGGCUGACUGGCUGAUUGUUUACGUUUAUUGUUUGAUAAAAGACACAAAUAUUACAAAGAUAUCGACCUGAAGGACAACUUGUGGAGAGUCAUAGCGUCUGAUUUCUCACAUGACGAUGGUUUGUGUGCUUUAACAGUUUGCAGAAAUGCAGAUGAAGGUUUAACAGAUGAUGACAACACUGACAUGAAAACGUCGGUGAUGUGGAGGUAUUUUGUUUUUUUGAGGUCCGACAUGAAGCGGAGUAAUGUGCACUGCAAAUUAUGUUGAGUACAAGUCCUUGCAAAAUCAGGAAAUACCUAACCAUACCAAACGCCUUACAACAAAACGUCAGAGACACAAAGACCUCACAGAUGCCGUAGCUUAUAGUAUUGCAAAAGACAUGCUACCAAUAAGCACUGUUAGAUUUCAUUUUUUAUAUUGUGAUGUAUAUCGAUAUCGACUGAUAUGAAAAAAACAUAUUGUGAUAAACUUUUUCCCGUAUCGCCUAGCCCUAGUUGGAGACGAACGGUUUUUGUUGACAGGUCAGCUUUGGUCAAAUAUUAUCAGCUUAAACAGCUUAGAGUCGUUAUCUGUGUCUUUGUCCUCAUGUUAACACUGGAUUUGUAUUUCCUCCAGUGAUUUUUGGAUUCACCCGUUUACAUCAGUGUGGUGUGGUGCACUCAUGAAGUCUGUGGUUUAGUCAAAUUUACUGGCAUUUUUGAUUCUGAUUGUUGAGGUGCACUUAAACCACCCGGUCUCUGGGGACAGUAUCACACUCUGGAAACAGAAAAAGAUAUCAACAUCUGGUUAACUGCCACAAAGAAGCUGCAGGGAAACAUGUGAAAGAGUUUCAUACAAAGCUUAUAAUAAAACACAUCAUGAGUCUGAUUGUCUGAUAUGAUUCGAAAGUGUCUGGAUGGACGGUUUGGCGGUUGCUAGGCAACAACAAAGUGCUGCACACCUCAUGUUUUGCAGGCGACUUUAAAAAGGAUUACCGCAUUACUGAGUGGAUUGAUUUUAUUAGAGGAUCUGUGUCCCAAAAAAGGUUCGAUUUGCCAUAAAAAUUCUGCUUUAGAUUUUACACACAUGGUCUUCCACAGGUUAUCCUGAUCCUGUACAGAAAGACACUUUAACAGCGACUGAAUGUCCUCUUAGGUUUAUAAACAAGCUGAGCUGUUUUUAGAGGAGGUGGUCCUGAGUUUAACAGGUGCUGGUUCGGUUUGGCGGUUGGUGGUCGGACCCCCAGCUCGAUCUCUUUGUCUUCUCCUGUUCUGUACACCUUGCAUUUCCUGUCUAACUUCAGCUGUGUUACCUUUACAAAUGAGUGAUUUUCUGAAAAUACUUGAAUGAAUUUAAAGGGAUAUUCCGGUGUAAAAUUAAUUUAGGGUCAAACACACCAAACAACACAGAGUUAGACCUCCCCUCAAGAGAUGAAUGUUGCCGACCGCUUGUUUCUCUAGUUAUACCAACUUUAGUAACGACCGCACAAUAGCAAUACUCAGUGCUCUGAGGAGCCAUAAAUAAACCUAAUGCUCAGAACAGCACCUAACUUCAUCAACAAGACAUAUAGGGUCCAAGCCAUAGUACUAGACACCAAACAUCUUUUUAACUUUGACUAAUUUCUUUAGCAAAGAGACUAAACACAACUCACCUACUCUCCUCCAGCAGCCGCUUGUUUGUAGCAAGACCUCAGGCCAGUCCAUUACGGACUACAGCGGGGUGACGCAGCUCAAGGAAGAACAUUUAUGACCAUUACUUUAUGGAAAUACAAUCAGACCGAGAUGCUAAGGCAGAGGAACUACCGCGUCUGCAGUGCAAAAUGAUUAAUAUGGUGAUUAUUACUUCAAGGAAGUGAUAAAGAAAUUAUCAUAAAUGUUCCUCCUUGAGCUGCGGCUGCUGGAAGAGAGUAGGUGAGUUGUGUUUAGUCUCUUUGCUAAAGAAAUCGGACAAAGUUAAAAAGAUGUUUGGUGGCUAGUGCUGUGGCUAGGACCCUAUAUGUCCUGUUGAUGAAGUUAGGUGCUGUUUAGUAGCACUAGCCACCAAACAUUAACGACCACUUUCAAAAACUUCACUCCGCAUUUCAAUGGCUCCCCUCUGGGCGGCGUCUGCGCUGCAUCGCAUGCAAAACCGAGAGAAGGAAGGCCGCUUUUGUCCCCAAAGCCACUCUGCUUUUCAACUCCAGUUGCUGAUUCCAUCACCACACCAAUACACCCUCCCCCCUGACUACUUGGCACAGCUGUAAUACUGCCGGCACCUUAGCCCAAUAGUCACUUCAUUGUGCAUUUUGUAUAUUGUACAUUCAUUUGUUGAUAUGUGGAUUUUAUAUUAAACAGGUGUGUUUAUUUGUUCAGUUUAUACUGAUUUUAUACUUUUUUUUUUCCUUUGUAUCUAUUCUAUUUUAAUGUUUGCUUAGCUGCUGCUUUUCAAUUGCCCCUAGGGGAUGAAUAAAGCUAUAUUGAAUUGAAUUGAAUUGUUCUGAGCAUUAUUUGUGGCUAUAGAGUGGCGUUUUGGUCGAGGUUUGUUUAUGGCUGCUUAGACCGAUGUGUAUUGCAAUCGUGCGGUCGUUACUAAAGUUGGUAUAACUAGAGAAACAAGCGGUCGGCAACAUUCAUCUCUCGAGGGGGGUCUCUAACUCUGUGUUACAGUGUGUUUGACCUUAAAGUAAUUGUACACUGGAAUAUCCCUUUAAGAGAUUUUUGCACGUUAAGAGACGAGUCAAAAUUUCCCCGAAUGAGCUUCAUGGUGACUUAUCUUGACUUAACUUAUGAGGUGGGCGCAUUAGCUGUCAAAGUGUUUGUUUCCUUGUGAGUCAGAAACAGGAAACACUUAAGUUAUUUUGCAUUUCUGCUUUUGAUAAAUAUGCGAAUCUAAGAUUACGGACAACAGCCUCCAUUUAAAAAAAAAAUACUGAAGUUGACGACUUUUCUUUUGAAUUUGCGACUAAUGUUUUUGUGAUUAUUAAGUUUGCAGCUUUCGAUAAAUAAGGUCUCUGUUCCGAUCAGUCACCUCAGUCUGGGUUCAAGCUUCGAUAACACAGGAGGUGUGUGUUUGUGCGUGUGUCUGUGUGAUUAAACGGCUGGAGGUAAUCAUUAUGCAGAUGACACCCCGGUGUUCCCACCAGUUGCAUGUCCGCUCUUCACAGUUGGACGUACGCCGUCUAGAGGAGGCGGUUAAUUAUGAGAAACGAACCCCUGAGAGAAAGCUCCUGAGGUGGCGAGCAGAAUUUCCGUUUUUACCUGGAAUUAGAGGUCAAAAACUGUCUUGACGUGCAAUGCCACCUCCGCUGCAAUCACGGUUUCAGUCACGGAUGUGUGUAUGUUUGCGUGCGUGUGGUGUAGAUCUUUCCUAUCGCUGAAGAAGUGCUGACUGCAGCUGAUGUGCUGAGGAUCUACUUUCAGAGAGAAGGAGGGAGGAGGGAGAAGAAGAGACUCGGGUGUGGCUGCUCUGGUAAUGACCGGUUUGCAUUCAAACUGGUGUUUACAGAUUCAGCCCAGUCCAUUCACACACAAACACAAGCAUAUGGUGCAUGAAAACACGCAGUCAUGCAAAUGUAGGCCCUGAGAGCCACACAGAGUGAAAGCGCCACAGUGAACCUGGUGACUCAUGGAAGGAAAAUACUUUGGAAAGAGAUACACAGCUGGUGCCGCGAGAUCAAGACAGUCAUCCCCGCGGUUUCAGAGUGAAAUUCAGAAUUAAAUGUAUAUUUUCAUUCCUUUCUCCGUUUUAAACAAUUCUGUCAUGUGGUUCAGCUUUGCACAAACACUGAAAAAGGUGGAAAAAUAUCACGUGUGAGGUUGGAGCUGAAACUUGCGAGCAUAGAUCCUCCAUUUCGUUAGCAUUCGUGCAGGACUUAUCGUUGAUCUUGAAUAUUAUCUCUUAAAUAUUCGCCUGUUGCCUCGAGAUAGAAGAGAGUCAAAGUCGUUUUUACCAUCUGCUGCGUGAACAGGUUUAGCAACAACGCUCGAGCUAAGUUUACUUGUCCCUGCAGCCGUCUGUAGUUUCAGUUCUAGAUUCACGGGCAUCAACGUGACAGUGUUAUUCAUUUAGUCCCCAGACUUAGUUUGAGCAGCACUGAUGUACCUCACUGAUCAUUUUUAUGAAUCACCUGACUAUAAUGAAGGGUGUGCCCAUUUAGCAGGUGCGAGUUAGCAGCAGAAUUACGAGUUGGUUGAGGGGAUUAUGCGUUUUGUUUAGUUGAAGGCCUGAAAGCUCAGUCUGAUGAUCUGUCUAAGCCAGGAGAACCAAGAGAGAUGAAACCAGCGUGUAACCCUCUACUAUCUGGAUGUUGCAGCAGGAUGUGGGUUGAUCUAGAAUCUGGAGAUAACAUCGUUUGCUGUGCCAAACAAGUUCUUGACCACAGAUCUGCAGAACAAGCAAAAAGUGGACGUUAACCUACAGGAGGACUUCCAGCUCUGCUAACGUUGAAUAUUUGACAUGUUUACUCCGUGAUCCUGCGUUUAAAUCUUGUUUUGUCAGAGAGUCCCGCUGUGACAUCCAAACGAAAUUCAGACGAAAAUAUUUCAUCAACGCCAUCGUCAAUGAAAGCAACACUGACGCACUCUCUCUCUCUCUCUCUCUCUCUCUCUCUCUCUCUCUCUCUCUCUCACUCACACACACACACACACACACACACACACACACACACACACACACACACACACACACUCCUCUCUCUCCCUCCUGUUUUUCUUCCUUCAGGCUAAAUUCAGACUAAACUCUCAGAUGGUUAAAUAGUAAAUCUGACUGAAUUCUCUCGGAGCUCAUUGUUUUAUGUCUGUGAGAAUGUAUGUUUAGCGUUCGACUGACAAAAUUCUUGUGAAUUUAGCAACACUGUUCGUCGUCCACCACAAACGUUUUCAUCUAGUCUCAUCAACAUAAACGCACAUUCGUCUCGUCACAUUUUAGUAAUCUAAGACUUAUGUUUAGCUCGUCAACGUCACGUCUUCAUCGUGGAAAAAAAGGGGCGUUGACGAAAACAACACUGCACUGAAUACAAAAUCGAAAAUUGAGUUUUCACAGAAAAAGUUCAGGAUUUAAUUUUUGGCCAAAAUCGAGCAGCCCUAAAUACAACUGCAUCAGUUGCAUUGCAGAAUUGUGAUGGUUCAAUGGUCAAAUAAAAAUAAAAAUACAACAUCCUGUCUGUUUUCCUGAUCCUUCUACAGGUGAAGCUGUCACUGAGUUGCUAAUCUUUCACUGUUUGGUGCUUGUAGCCUCUGUAGAGUUAUCUUCUUUCGUUUAGCUGAAAGUCACCGCCUCCUGCGGCUGGAAACAGGUGUGAUGAGAUCAUGGUUUCUUCAGGGAUUUGAUGCUGCUGAUUUACAUCUGCUGGUUCGACAUCCUGUGAUUGCAGCUGCAGACGUAGACUUGAACCUUUUCUUCGUCUGGUUUCAUGUCCGCCUGAGAAGAGCUGUUACUCUUCUGUGGACCUGGUUUACCGAAGGUGCACAGCCACAACAGCAGAAGAGGAAGUCAAGAAAGGCCGAGUUUUCAGCCCCAGCCUUUGGAAACCUGUUGGCUGGGAGUCGGUGUCUGUUGCCCACCGCAUUGGGCUGUGUGUUGUGCAACAGUUCCUCAUAAAGAAUUGCCUCAGUCACUGAUCUUUGUGUGUUUUUUAAGUAGGGCAGUAUGCAAGAAUCAAGCUGCACUGUGCUUUGAAUGUUUGCAAAAGAGAAAUCCUGAGGCUGAGUGAGGUUUGCUGCAGUCGUGAAGUGAUCUCAGGACAUGUCAGGGUUUGUUUUUUCUUCUCUUUGUCUUUGUUUUGGAGAAGUUCUGUUUUCAAAGUGAAGAACAGCUCACCCGUGUAUAAUCCUGCAAAGAUUUGAACCCUCAGAUCAUUGAUAUCAGUCCAGAGAAAUCAGUUCAUGGUCAAAAAUCAGUGUUUCUUACAUGAUCUCCUAAAAUGCAUACAGAUAUUUUCAGUCUGAUGAAGCGUGUUUGAUAAAGACGAGUCUGUGAAUCAUAUUGCAGCUCGACCACACAGCAGCAGUAGCUCAAAGUAGUAUCUCUCUCUUCAGUCUGUCACGAAGAGGAGGUUUCACACCUUUAGAAUUAGAUUGGUGAGAGCUAUCAUGAGAUCUGUACCCUUCCUGUGUUACCAUUGAAACUCGAGCACAACAGAGACGCAAAGACAAUCGGAAAAGGUCAGCCAGAGAGUUCACUGACCGUCCUGAUGGAGGAAGGAAACGGAGCGACUGUGUUUGCUGCACACCUCUUUGAUCUGAAGGGUCAGGGGUCAGAGAUCGAUUGUAGUUCUGGUGCUGGAUUGACGGGACAGAGGUGUUCAAAGCCUCUUUCACACACGCACUCAUCGCCUCAGUCGUCCUCGUCUUUUAAGACAUGAUAGUGAUACGAACACAGAGAUGAUCACAGACUCUCCCUCCUGCUCCUGAGACAGCAUGUGUCAUGUUACGCCAAAGCGCGAGGACUGUUGAGGCAUGUAGGGAUGCAUAAUAUAACACACGCACAGUGCAGCAACAGCCUCCUUCCUGUAAUAGGCACAUCAUGUCCUACCUCUCAGUGUUUCUCCUUGCACGAACUUCUAACCAAACCAACCUGAAACUCUUUUGUAUGUCAGGACGUCAAGUUAACACGGCAGGUAUUUUAAAGCUUUCAGUCGAUGUUCUGCUGUUGCAGCAGGUGAUCUGAGCAUAAGGAAGGAUUUCUUGUUUUCGUGAGGAUUAACUUAAGAAAAAGUGGAGACCUCUCGGAGCCAGUGAUGAAAGAUCAUGAUGAAAAGUGGUCGAUGAACUUAGGUGGCUGAAAUGACACUUUGACAACCCACCAGUUUUUUGCUUUUAAUGUGAAAAGGCUCAAAAGAGCUUGAACAGACACGAGUGUCUCACUUCCUAUCUGAAAACCACACAGAUGAGUUCUCAAAGUCCUCAGACACCGUUUUUGAAACUGCCUAAUAUACCAGCAGAGCGUACUGUGGUAUGCAAACAAAAGCGAGAGUCGCAGUAUGCCAAAAAUACCUAGAUGAUGUACUGAUGUGUUGAGCCAGUCUCCUUUAUGUGUCGUUACCAUAGACUGUAUAGAAUGGAUGCUGUCUGCCUACUCGCUGGGUGAAGCCACCUCGAGAACAGCACCCUCUGGUGACAGGCUGCAGUAAAUCCCGCCUCCGCCAGCAAAGCUUAAGGAGCUGUGGACAAACUUAGGAUGUACGUUUCGCAUAUGUGUAGUACAAAUUGGUUUUCUGGGACGGAUCAGGUAGCGGCAGUGCUCCUCUGUCUCUGUGAAGUGUACAAAGCUAGCAUGCAUCCGGUUCUUUUUUCAUUUCAAAAUAAAAGCCAAAAUAUAACAUUUACUGCAAAUGAAUAUUGGCUCUAAAUAUCUGUUAUCGGCUUCCUUGAUUACUAAUACUCGGUAUCGGUAUUGGCCUUAAAGAAAAAGAAAACAAUGUAUAUAAAUAAAUAUUAGGGGUACUGUGAUCGUGCAAAAUUGGACAAAUAACAAAUGCAUCUCAGCUGUUCAAAUAUUAUUCCUCUAUGAGAUACUCACUGAAAGAUCGAACAGUUUUAUUCCUUUUUCUUUUUGUUUUAGUUUAAAUAAAAAGUCAGGGAAGAAGGGAGUGGAUUUUAUCAUUUAAUAUCUAUGAAUAUGAAAUUUACCAACUAAAAUCUUUUAACCUAAAAUUCUCUGUUAUAUUUGGUGCAUUUGAAGUCUAUAAAAACAUUUUUACAGUCAUUAACAAUAUUAUAUUCAGUUUAUCAAUAGAUGGCCGUGUUGUUUGCAGUUUGUAUGAUGUGCCUCCAUAUGUACCAUGUUCGACAGGGGUAUGCAGUCGGCAGUUUUAGUCUCAGAAACACACUUUAAACUCUUUUGUAUCCCGCUCCUGACUUUGGUUUUGCUCUUUCCUCCCUCUUUCAGACUCUCUCUAAUCGAACCCGUUUCCUGCUCUUUUGGUUCUUCUCCACCGUUUCAUUCUUAAUCCCGAAGUUCCCACUCUGUGCACAUUUUUCUGUUUCUGAUUUGGCGUCUCUCUUUGCACACCCUCGGCUGGAGAGUGGGUCACUGAGGCUCCCUCCCUGUGCGUGCUUGCGUGCGUGUGUGUGUGUUGUGCAUGUUUGGAUUGAGAUAGAGUUACAUAGCUGGAUUGUGUAAUUGUGAGGUGUGUCUCUGCUGUAGGGAGCCGCUCUCUGUUUCCAUUGUCGACAGAGUUCAACUUGAAAUCAACAGAGCGGUUUCUGAGCGGUGCGGGUCGUGGCGCGGCGCUGGCUUUGACAGUAACGUGGAGAAUAUCUGAAGGAGGGUUGUUGACUCAAAACUCGCCAUGCAGCUCGCGCACGUUUACUGUAAAUAGAGGAUUAAAGCAGGUUGUUGUUGACCACGUUUUAGUUGUGUGUCUCGAGGCGGAGGCCAGCUCUACUUUGAGCUGCAGCAUCGCAGUCAUGAAACUCCUCGUACUCCUGUCAUGACAUGCCAGUGUAGAUGCUGCUCAAUAAGCUCUAUGGUAAUCAGAUAAUAACUGCUGGUGCUGCUUAACGAGACUUUCUGGUCCAAACAUCUUUAGCUGGAGAGAGUGAAAGUAUCAUGUUGUUUGAAGAGUGACAUGAUUAGCUUCUUGAGUAAACGUGUCAAUUAAAACACUGGACCCACACUUUCUCACGUAGGUCUGAAGCUGAGUAUCAGAUAGAUGGUGGCCUCUUACAUAGUGUGCUGUAAGGUGGUUACUCAACAGGACAGAUUUUUAUUCUCAGUGUAAACUUAUUUUUCUACUUCUGAACUGAAACUAUAUUUUGUAUAGGCUUUAAUAUAUCCUCAAUCCCAGAGGGAGAAAAAAGUCUGAAUGUCUUCCUAUACUCGGAUAUUUCAUCAUUACCUGUAAAACUGGUGAAUGACUCAUGUAGGGAAACUCAGAUCUGUACUGUAUAUGGAUCUGUGUGGACGAAGGAUAAAUUAAUCUAAUCUAGCUGUACAGUUGUUGUUUUUUUUUUUUUUAAAGUUGAUGCUCAAAUUAAAUAUGUUAAAUGAUAAAGUCGGAGCUGAUACUCAUGUUUAAAAUAUCAUGUUCAGCACAUCUUAUAAACCGCAUAUUAGGGGUGGGAUUCACCUGUGGCCCCGCAAUACGAUAUUAUCACAAUACUUGGGCCACGUUAAGAUAAUAUUGCUAUUUAUAUAAUUUUUUCCACUGUUUAGCUAAUUAAGCAUUUGUCUUCCCUUUAUGAUUGUCUUAUUUAGCUGUAUUAUCUUAUCUGUAUCUUGCAAACCUUGUAUUUGCUGUGCUAAUGUUCUCCUGCUGAAUGAUGACACCUCUGCCAACCUCACUGGACUAACAGUUGAUUUAUUUUUUCCAUUAUCAUAGAUCUGUCUCUAUAUUAGCAAUUGAUUUGAAAAAUCGAUACUUGGUCAAUGAGACGAUAUGAUAUAUCACCAGAUAAAAUAUUGCGAUACUAUGAUGUAUCGAUUUUUUUUCUCCCACCCCGACUGCGUAUGGCUGAUAUUUAGCAGAUACAGUUACAUGCAUGUAAAUAAAUCAAAUUAUUGCUGUAGUCCGACUGAAACAGGACUUGUAAAAUGUAUGUGAACUAGGGUUUACAUACAUUUGAUACUGAUAUUGUAGCCUUCAAUAUUGACCGAUACCGAUAUUGAUCCGAUAUUGGCACAAAAUUGUGCAUGAAGAGUUUUGCAGUCAGCUGCAACGUCUUUUUCCGACUUAAACAAAAAUACUUUCACAUGGCCGACAUCGACCCUACUCCUCCCUACUUUGUUUGUACCUUAUUACACACUGUUGUUGGGAUCAUGUGGGCUCUGCAUGCUGGAUCUAAAUAGAGGGGCUGGAGCGGAGUCUGGACUGGACUGCUUGUAUCGGAGUGCUGAUAUUAGAGAUUUUUGAUGCAGGUCGAUAUAAUCUGAUAUUUGUUUCUUUGCUGAUAUCAGACUGAUAUCUGAUACCAAUAUUGUAUCGGGACACCCCUAAUGUAAACACUUUAGCUGAACUGAAAUUGUACUAAAAUUGAACCUUUCAUAGGCGGACCAACACACCCAGAUGAUGCUGUCAUAAUACGACUCAAUCAGGCCUAGUAAGAGCCUAAGUAGAAGAGAUGAAGCUUUCCUGAAGUUGUUAAAAUGAUGCACUUCGUCUCUUGCUCGUGUGUUUUCACCUCCUACCACAGUGGGGGUCGACACGCUUCUAUCAAUAAAUCUGUUCUUGACCAGUUCAUGUAAACUGGGACAAGAACAGUAGUCCAGUUAAAUCUCCUAAUCGAGCUCGACUUCACUGUGCAUGUGCAGUCCUGCACUGAUGCAUGUUCAUCGAGUCCCCUUCAGCACCAGAAUGUCCGGUUGGUUUAAAGUCUUACUAAUAUAGUAUCUCACUGUCGCCCCAAAGCACAGCUCACUUUUGAAUUCAACUGAGGCAAUGUGAAACCAGCUCAAAAUACAGAUGUUAUGGUGGGAGGAGGACUAAAUGCUGGUGGUGCUAGCUCUGCUAGUGUUAGCCACAGACUCCAUGAUCCUGUGUUCAGCUGUGAAAGAUAAAGCGUGUUCAGUCUUGGCAAGGUUUGGAUUUUUUUAUAUCAGUGGACUAGUUGUUCCUGAAUAACUCAGAUAUUUAAAAUGCCUCAGUAGUUGAGUUCAUAUCCAUGUAUUGAUCUUGGUUUUUUUUCCCCACAGAUUGAAGAAGUGGAUUCAGCCUCCCAGAGCUCUACAAACUGGAUCCCUCCAGUCCUCACUUGUCCGGCUGAUGGCAUGCUGAUCUCAACCCAGCAGGGGUGGGCGAUUCUGAAUGGCACCCUAAACCUUCCUCUCUGCGUACAUCCACGACACCUCUCUCUUCUCUGUCCGCUCUUAAUUCUUCUCUGAUCACACUUACACCCGACGACUCAUCAUGGAUACGGCGUUUGAAGACAAAGAGGGAUGCUACUACAACCGGAGCAUCAAGUUUUUCUACGAGGAGAGCGGGAAGAAUAUCAGUAACAGCUGGAGAACACGCGACUACGUGAUCGUCACUCUGGGGAUGACUGUCUGCUUCGUUGUCAUCUUCUCCAAUCUCUUGGUCAUGGGCGCCAUUUUGAAAAACAGGCGCUUUCACUUUCCCAUCUACUACCUGCUGGGUAACCUGGCUUUGGCAGACCUCUUCUCAGGUACUCAUGUUCGGUUUGUUCUCCACUGACAGUAGAAGUAUUUCAGGUGAUAGGAAUAGGCAACCAGGUGUAGUUAAAACUAAAGAGGUGUGUCUUAUCGUCCGACCGUAGUACGAUUAUUUAAAAUCAGUUUUAGGUCAAUUGGUCACAUGACAUGGAAGCUACUGAAGGAAAAACAACCUUUUUCGAGAACAUCAACCAGUAAUUUAUUGACGGUCCCUUAUUCAACACCCGAUGUUGACAGCGAGAGUGCUUAAUAGAUUUAACCGCGCCGCUGUUGUUAUUCCCGGUUAUGUAGAGUGAGAAGACACCAGUCACUCCGCAGUGAAUGUCCAUCAAAUAUCCAACCUAAAACUAACUUCACCGCGGUAUUUACAUGGAAAAAACAUUUUUUGCCUCAACUGAUUUUUUUUUAUGCGCACAUGUGACCCUAAAUACAUUUUACAAUUCGCACACAUUUAUUUUUAGUCGCAAAUGCAAGUGAAAAGGUUGCACUGUCAAGCCCUGUUCCGAUACCAGUUUUUCCCUCCAGAUACCGAUUCCGAUACUUGUGCUGUGGGAAUCGGCCGAUACCAAGUACCGAUCUGAUACCAGUAUGUUAUAAAAAAAUAUAUCAUGACUGUGAUAUGAUUAUCAUUGUGGUAAGGUUAAACCCUUUGAAAAACACAAAUAAAUAAAGCAAAUUCAAACCAUUUAUUUUCAUAUAGAACAGUGUAAAAACAGCAAAUGCAAUUUAACUAAAUAAAUCUAGGAAUAAUUAUUUUAAAAAUUAAAGUGCAACCACAAUAUUUUUAAAUAAAAAGGGAAUUUAAACAGAACAGAGCUAAUGAAGCUAACCAGUAAAUUAAUUACUAAUUUAAUUAAAUACACGGUAUCGGAUCGGUGCCUGGACUCCAGUACUUGCCACUACCAACGCCAGCAUUUUCGGCAGUAUCAGAGCAAUUUCCAAUACUAGUAUCGGAAUCGUUACAACUCUAGACUGCAAUGGGUUACCAUGGAGACGGAAAGCACGUCCGACAAACUCGCACCUUAAAAAUCAUAACCACAGUCAAACCAAACCAACACUAGGCGCCCUCACGUCUUGUGCUGAAUGUUUCAUAUCUGACCCUGAAUCUUGUUCCCUCCUCUCAGGUGUCUCCUAUCUGCACAUGAUGUUUCAUACUGGUCCCUGGACCAUUAAGCUGUCCAAGCACCAGUGGUUUGUGCGUCAGGGGCUGAUCGACACCAGCCUGACUGCCUCGGUCUUAAACCUGCUGGCUGUGGCCGUGGAGCGUCACCAAACCAUCUUCAACAUGCAGCUGCACAGUAAGAUGAGCACGCGCCGCGUCUUCGUCAUCAUGGUCUUCAUCUGGCUGGUGGCCAUCAUCAUGGGUCUGGUCCCCACCAUGGGCUGGCACUGCAUUUGCGACCUGAAAAACUGCUCCACCAUGGCGCCCUUGUACAGCCGCAGCUACCUGGUGUUCUGGGCCGUCCUCAACUUGCUCACCUUCUCCAUCAUGGUGGGCGUCUACACCCGCAUCUUCAUCUAUGUGAGGCGCAAGAGCAAGCAGAUGUCGCAGCACACCACCCAGAUGAGACACAAAGAGACGGUGCUGAACCUGAUGAAGACCGUCUCCAUGAUUCUGGGUGAGAAAAAGCGCAAAACACAGACAGACACCGAGGGGAAAUCAUUUUUUACCAAAGGUUGACCUCGUUAUGAUUCGUCAACCUUCAGAUUCUGUUUUUAUAAAGAUCUUGCAGCUUCUCGAGAAUUGAGUUUGUAUUUUUUGGCCUUAAGCAAACGCUGUGACAAAGAGUUAGACAACAGCUACACCAUCCUUCUCCUUCCCCCCCUACACACACACAUACCUCCACCCGCUCUGCUUUGUUAGCGAUAACACCGCCUUUAACAUAUUUUCCUCAUUGAACAGGCCCUUUUCGGGGAAAUGCUCACCUGACUCCCCACAUUAUCAAAAGGUCAAACACUGACAACUCCUAAAACCUUAAAACCUCUGACUGCACACACACACACACACACACACACACACACACACACACAACACACAAACAGAUAGGCAUGCAGGCUCCUCUCUCAGCAUGUCUUCACUUGUUAAACUAGAAUUCACUCCCCCAUCGUUUCACUCCUUCUCCUCCUCGGUUUCCCCUUGUUUGCCGCUGAACUCGCCCGCUCCCCUGCUCUCUUUCCCAGCCUCCCCUGCUCGGAUUCUCGCUUUCUGAACUUUCGAUUAAAUUCUUCAAAGUUUUCAAAACGUUACUCGCCUUUCUCCCGUCUCCCGGCAGCCGGGACUCAGCACCUCUGGCAUGUGAGGAGGGUGAGGAAAACCCUGAGCAUGCCCUGACAGGGAGCCGCAUAGUUCAGUUUAUGUGACAGAAAACAGCUCCUCUCCUCCUGCUCUCGAACGACACCACCGAGAGUGUGUGCUGGCGUUUUUGUAUGUUUCUGACCUUGUCUGUGAGAUACCAACGCUUUCUCUUUUCUGCAUGUCAUCAAAUUCCUUCCAGAGGGUUAAGAUUUGGAUUUAGAUCCUAAUGUGAGGUUAGGCGUGUAGUUGUGACACUUGAGGUUAUGCUCAGGGACAGAGGAAUGCAUUACUCACUUUGUGUGCAUGUGUGUUACCGCAUCGUUUUCACAUUUCCGCCUGAAGUUCAUGCGUGUGCAUAUAUCGGCGCUGAGCGUGCUGCGGGUGUGCACAUCGUGAAUUCCUGAGCGGCCUAAUCGACUAUUAUGAUAAUGAAAUCUGAUCAUUCAGACUAAACCCAGUCCACACGCCGACAUGUUAUGCAUCUGUGUGUGUGUGUGUGUGUGUGAGGAAUUUACAGUACAUUCCCCUUCUCCCUCAGCUCCCCUCUUCUUCUUCUUCUUCGCAUUCUUCUGAACUCCGUCUGUUCAUUUUCUCUCCUCCUCUUUUAUCUUAGACUCCUCUUGUUGAUUUUUUGUGUUAUUUCAACCCUCCUAAUGACCUUAUGUACCCUUCAUCUCCUUCCUCCUCAUCCUCCUCCCCCCCCUAACAGGCUGUUUUGUGAUCUGCUGGACGCCCGGCCUGGUGGUGCUGCUGCUCGACGGCCUGGGCUGUGAUAAGUGUAAGGUGCUGCGCUACGAGAAGUACUGCCUGGUGCUGGCCGAGUGCAACUCCUUCGUCAACCCCAUCAUCUACUCCUUCAGGGACAAAGACAUGAGGAGGACCUUCAAGGAGAUCCUGUGCUUCCUGUGCCCGCGAAGCGGCGACAAAUCGGGCAUGUCUGGAGUUCACUUUAGCACCCUGGACCAUGAGGUACUGUCUGAGAGCAACGGAGGCGAAGACAGCAAUCACAAACACAACAACCACUCGCACUAAGGACUCGUAAAGAGAAACGCUGCAGCCACACUGAGACAAAAACUUUAAGUACGACUAUUUCACAGCUUUACAAGGACCGAUAACCGCAGACUCGGAUGAUUAGGGUUACUUUUAAACUAAACUAAUCUAAAAAAUAAAAUUACAGAAAAUCUGUCACUCCAGAUCACUACAUUUAAACCACUCUGUACCUUAACGUGUUAAUCUCAUCUUAUUAAUAAAUUGUAAAUCUAACUGCUCUGACGGAGACGACACCACAUGCGGAUCAACAAAAAGUUAGCAGCUAGUUAGCGACCACGGUGUUGUAUUUGAAGACUAUUUAUGAUCUCCAGAACCAAAUACUUUUGACUUAUCGACUCAGACUCGGACUAACUAGGUGGACUGAAAGAGACCAACAAAAACUGAUGGUUCUGCUUAUCUCUAAUGUACUGUGUGUAUAUAAUACAUAUAUCUAAACAACAUAGAGUGAUUCCCGUGUUGUGCUAAGACUUUGUUUUUGUCGCCCCCCCAGGAAGCCCACUAGAUCAGCUAUCGCAGCUUUGAAGAGAAGACGUUAACAAGAGCUUAUUUCUGUUUUUGUGUCUUUGUUUUGAUUUUUUCAGGUAGAUUUUGAGUCGAGUUUAGUGCCUCAUUGUCUCUAAAAUUCAGUCUAAGCGUAGCUAUAAACAGCUUUGCAUAUAAAACAGGACUACAAAUGAUACUCAUAACCUUGAAAUCGACUCUCAUUAGAUGCAAAUGUGGGGAUUUAUUCUUUUGUUCACUAAAGCCAUACUCAGCAAUUUUAUUCACAUUGUGUUUGUCAUACUUUGUUUUGCUGCUUUCAUCCAAAAGAAUAAAUGUGCUUCUGCUUUUUAUGCGCUUUUAACUCUUUGUUAUUUAUAAAAACUUAAACUUUGUCUCAACGUCGUCAAUGUCGCAGCUUGCUUGAAGUGUUAGCAUGCUGCUGUUCAUUCUUCAUUCUUUACAAAUCAAGAAAAAAGUUUUUGUUUGCAACUUUUGUUGAGGAAAUUUGCCUCCUUAAGACACAGAGACCCUGCUGUUUCCUUUGUGCUGCUGUACAGGGGCGUGUCCAGACCUUUUGGGUGGGGUGGCACUAACAUAGACGGGGUGCUACACCAUUCCGUGUAGCAUAAAGUGUUAUUUUAUGUUUAUUAGGCAUCAUUGUUUUAUCUAAAACAAUAUUACUGAAUAAAUAUUAUAGCAUAUGUUCAGUUCUUUAAUGUCCCUCAACAAAAGGGUGAAUUUGUUUUGCAGUUAGUACAACAAAGGGGACAAACCAGACAACCAAGACAUUAAAAAUUAACAUUGAAAUCAGCAAUCGCAGUCACAAUAAAACAAGGAAUUAAAAACAAUAAAAGCAAUGCUAAUGGAGUGCUUUUUACCUGUGCAGGCAGAUAGCAUCUCAAGUAGAGGUUGCCAAUUGAACUAGGAAUAAAAGAGAGAUCGAUAUUGAAUUGAAAUUGUGAUUUAAAGGACCAGGUGGAACUGAGUUGUGAUGUUUUUGAAAAUUCCCAUCUCCGGUUGAAAUAAUGUUUGCUUUGUUUUGGACUUAUUCCUCAUUAAUUAUCUCAAUCAGUCUUUCUAAAGUUUUUUGGUCAUAUUAUUCAAACUCGUUUGUCAAAUGUAAAAAACACUUAACUUCUGCACUUUUUCACUUCUAUAUAGAAAAUGUCGCUUCUAUUUUCACUAAACUGGACCUUUGCUCUCAUGCUUUUUCCAAACAGUCAUAAAAUACCAUAAUUGAAACCUUGUAAAAUGGUGGUCCUCACCCUGAAAUAUCGGCAAUGUGUUUUUGUCCUUUAAGCCAAAUAUAGACACUCAGAUAAUAGAUGCGCUGUAAAGAUUUAUGUUAUCAUUCAAGGAAAACCUUUUGUAUAUUUGUUGGACCUCAUGAGUCAUUGUAGGCUCCUCAGCUCUCUUUACGGCGUUGCUUGAGCGUGAGCUUUUACUUCAUUCCCUGUCUUCCUAUGAAUCGGAUCAUAAAUUGUGUGUCAAUUUCAAAGCGCAGAUGGGACAUUUUGUGCUCUUUGCACCCACAAAAGAUGUCUUUUGUGUUGAAAUUAUUGUUGCAUGACAAAAAAAUUUAGUGCGAGUGAACCAAAAUCACUUUUAUGCUCUAUAAAUCUUUCAAGCGUUUUGUGUCAUCCACAGAUGUUCACAAUAAUCGCUUUCUCACAUAGCUUGGUUCAUUUGCCUUCUGUGGCCUCGUGCAAUCUGGAUCCCACAGAUAUUGCUCAAUUGGAGUGGUGUCUGACUGGCAGGUUUAAAGACUGACGUCAUUUCUUGUUGAAAAGGGAAAGAAACAAAGAAACAACACCUAACAACCAAAAAGAUGCAAAGAUGAAUACAAAGAGAAACAAAAAAACUUCAAAGAGGAGCACAAGCUGAUAAAAACCAGUCCAACGAGACACAAAACAACAACAGAAAGAUUUCAAACAACUAAAAAGAGACACAAAACAUCUAUGAAGAGACUUAAAACAAGUACAAAAAGAUUUCAAAUAAGAACAUACAACUACAAAAAGAUUUCAAACAACUACAAAGACACGUAAAUCAACUACAUAACAAGAACAAAGAGACACAAAACAACUACAUAGAGACACUAUACACUCAAAAAGAUUUAAAACAAGUGCAAAGAGAUUGAAAAAAUGCACAAAAAGACAAAACAAGUACAAAGGGAAGCAAAAUACCUCCAGAGAGUAGCACAAGCUGAAAAAAAUAACUACAAAGAGACCUAAAACGACUACAAAAGAUUAAAUACAACUACAAAGAGACCCAAAACAACUACAGCAAGAUUGAAUAAAACUACAAAGAGACACAAAACAACUACAAAGAGAUUAGAUACAACUACAAAGAGACAAAAAAUUCAAAAAGACAAAACAACUACAAAGAGACACAAAACAACUACAGAGACAACAAACAACUACAGAAAAAUUAAAUACAACUUCAAAGAGACACAAAACAACUGCACCCAAAAUGACUACAGAAAGAACAAAUACAACUACAAAUGGACAAAAACAACUACAAAGAUACAAAAACAAUUACACAGAGAUUACAAAAACAAUUACAUAAAGAUUACAAAACAACUACAGAAAGCUUAAAUACAACUACAGAGACAAAAAACAACUUUAAAAAGACACAAAACAACUACAAAGAGACACAAAACAAUGACAGAAAUAUUAAAUAAAAACUACAAAGAGACAAAAAUAACUACAAACAGACACAAAACAACUACAAUCAGGCACAAAAAACUAUGAGACAAAACAACUACAAAGAGAUACAAACGACUACAAAUGUCAAAACAACUACAAAACCACUAUGAAGAGACAAAAUAACUGCAAUAUGACAGAGAUUUAAAACCUAGACACACAAUAUGGCCACAAAAGACACAGGCAUUUACAAAAACACUACUAGAUAUGCAAAAUGACAAAUAAAUCUACAAAAGAAUAUUCAAAACAACCACAAAACCACACCAAAGUGAAGCUAACCGACCACAAAGCCAUGCAAAGUGGCUGCAGUGAUACACAAGCCUCAAUAUAGACCCACAAAAAUAAUAACUAGAUAUGGAGCAAACUUUUGUUUCUCGUAAGGAGGUUUGGGAACUGUAUACUGUUUCAUGACUAGAAGUCCCAACAGUAUCAGGUGUUCAGAGUCUGUUUCUGAUCAAAACUUCUUUAGAAAAUAUUAUCUGUGAGUGCAGAUCAUCCCAUCAUGAAAUCAGAGCUGAGACACAAAGAUAAUCCCGUACAUGUGUCUGUCCAUGCUGCCAGGUUGUCAAACUUUCCAUGAGGUAAACUGGAGCCGAACAUGAGGGAGAGGAUGACCUGAAUCAAACCGCUCUGAGCUCAUAAAACAGAGUUUAACCGUCACUCUGCCUCUCGCUGUAAACACGUUUAUUUAGUGUAAUUAUCCAAAUGCCAGGAAUUACCCCGCUGCCUUAUGUUACUCUGUUUAUACGGGGUACAACAUUACUAUGUCCUCUGUGAGCUGUUUGUGUGUGUUUAUGUGUGUGUGUGUUUGUCAGAUUGCGUGCUCGUGCUAAACGUGUCCAGAUGUGUGCUUGUGGUUGGAGUGGGUCAUGCUCCUUGCCACAUUUCCUCUGACUUGUUAUUCUGGCAUGUGAGCAUGUUGGAGGCAUGCUUUCUGUCAUUCGCUCACAAACACACACAAACACACACACACAUGUGGGCUGUUACGGCUGUUCACAGGAGGAGCAGCCAUGAGUGUGCGGUCUUUUUGUGUUACUGUGAGUGUUAUUUUCUGCCAUAGCUCUAUGAAGAUUAGAAAUGAGGCCGAGAAACUAUGAGACCAUGUGAAAUGAUUAACAGUGAGUCGAGGGAGAGAGGAGAGCAGGGAGAGGAGGAGGCAGGAGUGUGUCUGAAAAGCCAAGGGACAGAAUGAGAUUGAUAGCCACGUUUAGUCUAUGUUCACACUGCAGGUCAAUUCUGAUUUUUUAACCAUAUGUGACACAUAUCUGAUUUUUUCAUGUAAGUGUGAGCAGUGCAAUUCUGAUUUUUUCAAAUCCGACCCAGACCUCGUUUGUAUGUGGAUAUAAAUCGGAUAUGUAUCCAAUGUGACUGCAGCGUGGACGCUCAGGUCGCGUUCAUCCGACCUAUACGUCAUCAAUAUGUGACAAACGUCACCGUUUUUCGACAACACAAACAGGCGCGGAAAGCAAUUUGUGCUUUGUGCACAUGCACGUCACUUCGUGGACGCAUUCCGUUCCCAUUAGAUGCUGCAUUCGUUGUUGUAAUGUGAACGACCGCACAAUAAGAUUGGAUUUAACAAAAAAUCCAAAUUGUUCAUCAUAACCUCCAUUGUGAACGUAGCCUUACAUGUGCAAAAUUUCUUGAUCUGAUUAAAAAUUUGAGGGAUCAGAAAAUCUGAAACCACAUGUUUAUACAGGUGCAAAAUUAAAUAAUCCGACCAUGAUGUUCAUAUACGUGCACCAAGCUUUAUUGCAUUCGGACAUGUGUAGAGUUGUCUGAUUUCGCUAAAACAACCGCAGAAAAAGAAGAGUUGUAUCGGCGCCUGUGCUGUCAACAAACCAACAAACGUGUUGGUGGCUCACUUCAUCCAAUUCAAGAUUUUUCCCGCUGUUGAAUAUUGUUACUAGAUGGCGCCCUUGCUUGCCUAUUUUACUGUUCUGUCAAAGGUUGCACUGGGCGUACCGAUGUGACAUCAUUACGCUGUAUGUACGCCUUGUUAUGUUAUCGGAGGAGCAAACAUGACACCUUCAUUCGUGUUUUAUGCUAGUGUUAAUGAUGAAACCUCCUGAACUGAUUCAAUAAAUAAGAGUGAAGAUCGAGUCAGGUUCGUGAGUCACGAUCAGAAUAAGUGUUUAAACGGACGUGUUUCGGAAUAAUGAUCGGCUAAACCACCCCUCUCGAUCAGAAUACAGUUUAUUUUCGAUUGAACUGAAUUGGAUCAGAAUCUUCCGAUCGUCAUGUUUACCUGAAGCAUUUUUAUUCCAAUCGGGCCUUUAUUCCGAUUAUUUGUGCCCGUGUAAACGCAGCUAUUGAGAGAGAGGGUGCAGCAAUCACAAGAGUUAACGUCUCUUCAGUCAAAGUUUUGGUGCAUCAUCGCUUUCAGCAGCAGCACAUACAACUUUUUAUACCAUCCAGUAACAGACAAGAAAGGUUUUUUUGUACUUAUUCAGACGAUAAAGUGUUUUCAAGUGUUGAAUUCUGUAAAUACCUGCGACACAAGUGGAAAAAACUCAAUCAUUUUGAUUUUUGUCAUAAUUGAGCUGCCAUACCUCCUUAUGUUUUCAGUUUAAUUUUAGAGAUCGGCAACACAGAGAAGCCGCUGCCCAGUAUUGUCAUGCUAUCUGUGUAUUAGCUAACUUUCUCAUGUGUCACCCGGUUUAGUUCAAUACUUGAUUCUGAUUGGUCAAAACCUCCCUGCCAACAGCUGAGAGGCAAUGACGGGAUGUUAAAACUGAGUGAAAGGGACUUUGACCAAAUUGAAGAAAACAGGCUGACAGGAAACGGUUAAAGGAUGACUGUAUAUUGAGUAUUUUUGCAUAAAGCAGCAUGUCUGUGCUUGUGUUUCUCGCCCUGUCAAAGCUAACUGUAAGCGUUUCGCAGCGUUUUCAUAGUAUUUCGUGUUUAUUUUUGUACCAAGAUUGUCGCCUCUAAUGUAAAUAAAAAGGCCUGAAUCUGUGUCUGCUCAUGUCUGACUGUCUGCUUUUCAGCAUGAUUGCUAUUGUGAUAACCAGUAAAAUAUUAAUAUUGGAAUCAUGUCAGACUGUGUGGAAAUGCAGCCUGAGGAAUGAACGUGGAUCUCAUUACUUUCUCUGUUAGCUUGUUUUGCUCUGUUUGCUAGUUCAGACACGACUAACCCAGUUUCUCUUCUUCCUUUUCCACUUCCUGGCUUUUGUUUUCUUCUUUAUCUAACCCACGCUCAUUUGUUUUUUCGUCCCCGCCUAUUCCUGAUUCCUCGCUUCAUUCCAACUCCCGCCUCUUACCCCCAUCUGUCUGUCUCUCCACCUCUUGUCUGUCUUCAGAGGUAUAAGUCUCGUGUGGUCGAGCCGUCGGAGAAGAGCAACGGGGCGCUUCUCAUCCACCAAGGCUCAGAGGACAAGGCUGCUCCCUCAGAAAAGUGGAAUUAA